UUAUCAGGCAUCAUUUGUAUGAUGGAUUCUAAUUCAUUUUUUUAUAUAUAAACAUUAUCUUCUCCAUUUCUUGAAAAAAUUGGGCUUAUUUUUCUAUUUUCAUAGAUUAUGAAAUUGCUGCUAUAAACUGUGAUCAAGAAUUCAAUUCGAUCUUCAAAUUUCGAUUUUAAAAAGAAUCUGUAUCUGGGUAACCGCGAUUUUUUAAUAGCAAAAUCUCUCCCACACACCACCUACCUUUUUGUCACGGAUUCAUUGACCACGUGGCGCCAGUCUUUUUGGACAAGAACAAGAUCUUGGAUUGUGAUUUUUAAUUGUUAUUGUGGUUCUUGAUUUUCUUUAUAAGGGAUUUGAUAAGGUUUUAUACAGUCAAGUGUUUACAAUCUGAAGUUGAAACUGUAGAAUAAGGAUUGGAAUUUAGAUUGAGAUUGGAAAUUUUAGGAGCUGUGUAUAGACUUUUCGGAUAAGAUUGUUAUUGAGAGGUAUAAAUGAACUUAGUAUGAUGAAGGGAUCUGUGAGGAUUGCUUGUAGAUGGAUUCACCUGACAAGACGUUCUCCGAGCUAGCGGGCUUAUUCAAAUCGUGGAUCCCUUGGCGGUCUGAGCCACCUAGUGUGUCGAGGGAUUUUUGGAUGCCCGAUCAGAGUUGUAGGGUAUGCUAUGAAUGUGAUUCUCAGUUCACUUUGAUUAAUCGUAGGCAUCAUUGUCGACUUUGUGGCCGUGUUUUCUGUGCCAAGUGUACAGCCAACUCAGUUCCUGCCGCGUCUACUGAUCCGAGUACUUCACAGGAAGAAUGGGAGAAGAUUCGUGUAUGCAAUUUUUGUUUCAAACAAUGGCAGUUGGGGAUUACUAAUUUUGAUAAUGGAAAUCCGAUUCCUAGUCUGGAUCUUAGUACUUCACCGUCAGCUGCUAGUUUGGCCAGCUCUAAGUCCACUUGCACUGCCAACAGUAGUAGCUGCACUCUUGGCUCGAUGCCUUACACAGCUGGGCCCUAUCAACGAGGUCAACAAAGUGAGGGUCCCUUUCCACAUCAAACAUCUGAAAUGGAUACGAAUUUAGAAAAACAGAGAGAUGUCACAUUGGAUAGGAACAAUGGCCAUGUUGCAGAAAUGAGUGAUCAAUAUCCGAACCAGUAUGCAUUUUCUAUGAACAGGAGUGAUGAUGAUGAUGAUGAGUAUGGGGGUUUUCAGUCUGAUUCUGAAGCAAGGCAUUUUCCUCAAGUUAAUGAGUACUUCCAUCAUCAUCAAGCUGAGUUUGAUGACAUGAGCAAUGACGAAGGAUCGCAUAAAGCUCAUAUUGAUGGAGAAAAUACUGAUUCAAAAAGUUUAAGCAGCUCUCCAUUAAACCAUAGUUUUAAUUCACAUGGUUUGGAAGGAAUGCAGCAUCUUGGGAAAAAAAUAGAGCAUGAAAUGUAUGAUGAAUCCGAGGCAACUUCCUCUAUGUAUCCUGAGGAAAAUAGGGAUUCAGAACCUGUAGAUUUUGAGAAUAAUGGAGUGCUCUGGCUCCCCCCAGAGCCAGAAGAUGAAGAAGAUGAGAGGGAAGCUGGUUUGUUUGAUGAUGACGACGACGAUGAAGGGCAUGCAGCUGGAGAAUGGGGGCGUUUACGUUCCUCAAGCAGUUUUGGAAGUGGGGAAUUUCGUAAUAGAGAUAGAUCAACUGAGGAGCACAAAAAAGUCAUAAAGAAUGUUGUCGAUGGGCAUUUCAGGGCUUUAGUAUCUCAGCUAUUACAGGUUGAGAAUAUUCCUGUUGGUGACGAAGAUGAUAAAGAGAGCUGGUUGGAAAUCAUCACAUCUCUAUCAUGGGAGGCUGCAACAUUACUAAAGCCAGAUAUGAGCAAGGGUGGAGGAAUGGACCCAGGUGGAUAUGUGAAAGUAAAAUGCAUUGCUUCUGGACGACGUUAUGAGAGCAUGGUUGUUAAAGGAGUUGUUUGUAAGAAAAAUGUGGCUCAUCGUCGAAUGACAUCCAAAAUAGAGAAACCUCGACUGCUGAUCCUUGGAGGGGCUCUCGAGUACCAACGAGUUUCUAACCACCUGUCAAGUUUUGAUACUUUAUUGCAGCAGGAAAUGGAUCACCUAAAGAUGGCAGUAGCAAAGAUAGAUGCCCACCAACCUGAUGUUCUUUUAGUAGAGAAAUCGGUUUCUCGAUUUGCCCAGGAGUACCUUCUUGCUAAAGAUAUAUCACUGGUUCUAAAUGUCAAGAGGCCACUUUUAGAGCGCAUAGCACGUUGCACAGGUGCUCCGAUAGUUUCUUCCAUCGAUCAUCUUUCUUCUCCCCAGUUGGGGUACUGUGAUAUGUUUCAUGUGGAAAGGUGUUUAGAAGAUCUCGGUACUGCUGGGCAGGAUGGAAAAAAACUGGUGAAGACAUUGAUGUAUUUUGAAGGCUGUCCAAAGCCAUUGGGUUUUACUAUUUUACUUAGAGGUGCUAAUGGGGAUGAGUUGAAAAAAGUGAAACAUGUGGUCCAGUAUGGAAUAUUUGCAGCAUAUCACUUGGCUCUAGAGACUUCUUUUCUUGCUGACGAAGGAGCUUCUCUACCAGAACUCCCACUUAAAUCUCCAAUAACGGUGGCAUUCCCAGAUAAACACUCAAGCAUUGGGAGAUCUAUAUCAACUGUACCUGGUUUCACCGUCCCUGCUCAGGGAUCGCAAACUAACAGUGAACCACAAAGAUCUAACAGUGUCCCUGUUACAUAUCUUGACUCAACAAUUAGUUCUGCUAUUGGUCAUGUUGAAAGGCAACGACUGACUGAUGGUUCCAUCUCUGAUUCUAGUGUACCUAUAUCAUCUCGCAUCAGUUCAACUGCAAUUCUUUCUACUGUUCCUUCCACUGUAAAAGCUGUUUCAGAUUCUUACCGUACUUUUGAGCAGAAAACUAAAAUGGAAUCUGGACUGAUACCAGAAAGAACUGUGGUUAACAACGAUAUCGCUAGCAUGAAUGAUCAUUUUAAAGCUAAUGGCUUUGGGUGUCAAGAAAGUGUUAUGGAACACCAUUCUCAAAAUAAAAUUAGUGAAAUGGUACCUAAUCAGUCGCAACUUCCAGAGUUACCAUCUGCAAAGGAAGAUCGUAAAAAUAAUUUGGAGGAGCCAGGACCAUUAAAAGAAGAAUUUCCCCCAUCACCUUCAGAUCAUCAGAGUAUUUUGGUUUCCUUAUCUUCCCGAUGCGUGUGGAAAGGGACAGUUUGUGAAAGAUCUCAUCUUUUCCGAAUCAAAUACUAUGGUAGUUUUGAUAAACCUCUGGGUCGAUUUUUGAGAGACCAUUUAUUCGAUCAAAGUUACUCGUGUCGAUCCUGUGAGAUGCCGUCAGAAGCGCAUGUUCAUUGUUAUACUCAUCGACAAGGCACCCUCACUAUAUCUGUUAAGAAGCUGUCAGAAAUACUCCUACCAGGUGAAAAGGAUGGGAAGAUCUGGAUGUGGCACAGAUGUUUAAGGUGUCCCCGGACUAACGGUUUUCCUCCAGCUACUCGAAGAGUAGUGAUGUCUGAUGCUGCUUGGGGAUUGUCUUUUGGGAAAUUUUUGGAGCUCAGUUUUUCAAAUCAUGCAGCAGCAAGCAGAGUGGCUAGCUGCGGUCAUUCUCUGCACAGGGAUUGUCUUCGUUUUUAUGGAUUUGGGAAUAUGGUUGCUUGCUUUCGGUAUGCAUCAAUUGCUGUUCUCUCCGUGUACCUUCCACCUCUAAAACUUGAUUUCAAUUGUGAGAACCAGGAAUGGUUACAGAAAGAAACAAAUGAGGUUGUUAACCGGGCAGAGCUUCUAUUUUCUGAUGUGCUCAAUGCUCUGAGUCAAAUUGCAGAGAAAAAAUGUAGUUCAGGACCACCGAAGAGUGGCACGAAACUACCUGAAGCCAGACGUCUGAUUGGAGAACUUGAAUCAAUGUUACAAAUUGAGAAGGCAGAAUUUGAGGUAUCACUCCAAAGAGCUUUGAACAAGGAAGUGAAGAAGGGUCAGCCUGUUAUUGACAUCCUUGAGAUAAAUAGACUGCGAAGGCAGUUACUUUUCCAAUCUUACAUGUGGGACCACUGCCUAAUUUAUGCAGCCAGUGUAAACAAUAAUAGUUCUCAGGAUGGUUUGAAUUGCUCAAAUACAGGAAAUGAGGAAAAGCGUCUAGCCAAUACUGAACAGCUUGCUGAUAUGAAUUUAAAUGAGAAGCCAGGAAAAGGUUUUACUAGUUCUGAUUCUUUUCUUACCGAGGAAAAACUGCUUAAAAUCAUUGACCAGCAUGGAGGAUUAGGCAGCAGUCCUGACCAGUUAGACAUGGGUCAGGAGCCUACUCAUGGAAAAAAUGCUGACCUUUCUAAUACCUUUCCCAUCAGUGAUCAACCGCGAAGUCUGAAAUUCAGUGGAACGGUUCGUAGGACACAAUCUGAUGGACAGGUUCCUGUUAUGUCAAACUUGACCGAUACCCUUGAUGCUGCAUGGACCGGUGAGAGUCAGUCGGGAGUUGGACCGUUUAAGGAUGACUCCAGCGUACUUUCUGAUUCAGCUGUGGCAGAUUUGUCGACCAUGUCUGCAGAAAUGGAGAGAUUAGUUUCAAACAGUGGAGCACAAGACUUCAAUGGGUCCAAGGUCAGCAGUGGACUUUCACCCGCAAUGUCCACUAAGGGUUCAGAUAAUAUGGAAGAUUCUGGGGGCCACUUAAAAAUGCCUCUCUUAAGCUUUUAUCGGUCUUUGAACAGGACUUCUUCUGCAAGCCCCGACAAGCUUGAGACAAUGGGUGAGUACAGUCCGGUCUAUGUUUCAUCCUUCAGGGAGUUGGAGCUCCAGAGCGGAGCUAGGCUUCUCCUGCCUGUGGGAUCUCGUGAUGUUGUCAUUCCUGUAUAUGACGAUGAACCUACAAGCAUUAUAGCUUAUGCACUCCAAUCUCCAGAAUAUGAAGACCAACUGAUUAAUGAUGGGGAAAGAAUGAAAGAAGGCGGGGAUUUUAAUUAUUCCUCGAGUUUUUCUGAUGCUCUGACCUCUCAGUCGUUCCACUCAGCUGAUGAAGUUAUCAGUGAUUCUCAUAGAAGCUUUGGAUACACAGAUGAGAGUAUCUUACCUAUGUCGGGAUCUUUUAGCUCUCUAAGUCUGGAUCCACUCUCUUACACAAAAACUAUGCAUGCCAGAGUUUCUUUUGGAGAUGAAAGUCCACUUGGUAAGGUAAAAUAUUCUGUGACUUGUUACUAUUCGAAGAGGUUUGAAGCAUUGAGGAGUAGAUGUUGCCCAUCUGAGCUUGAUUUCAUAAGGUCCCUCAGCCGUUGUAAGAAGUGGGGAGCUCAAGGUGGCAAGAGCAACGUCUUCUUUGCAAAAACCUUAGAUGAUCGAUUUAUUAUCAAACAAGUCACGAAAACAGAGUUGGAGUCAUUUAUAAAAUUUGCUCCUGAAUAUUUCAAGUACCUUAGUGAAUCAAUUAACUCGAGAAGUCCAACAUGCUUGGCCAAGAUUUUGGGGAUCUAUCAGGUUACUGCAAAGCAUCUGAAAGGUGGGAAAGAAUCAAAAAUGGAUGUUCUGGUCAUGGAGAACCUUCUUUAUGGACGGAAUGUGACCCGCCUCUAUGAUCUUAAAGGAUCGUCCCGUUCACGAUAUAACCCUGAUUCUAGCGGGAGCAAUAAAGUUCUGUUGGAUCAGAAUUUGAUUGAAGCGAUGCCAACUUCUCCCAUUUUCGUUGGAAAUAAAGCAAAGCGAUUGCUGGAGAGAGCCGUCUGGAAUGACACUUCGUUUCUUGCAUCUAUUGAUGUAAUGGAUUACUCGUUAUUGGUCGGGGUGGAUGAAGAAAAACACGAAUUAGUUCUCGGAAUUAUUGAUUUCAUGAGGCAAUACACUUGGGAUAAGCACUUGGAAACAUGGGUAAAGGCUUCAGGUAUACUCGGCGGGCCGAAAAACGCGUCCCCGACCGUUAUUUCUCCAAAGCAAUACAAGAAAAGGUUUCGGAAAGCAAUGACAACCUAUUUCCUGAUGGUUCCCGAUCAAUGGUCUCCGCCUCUUAUGAUUCAAAGUAAAUCGCAGUCCGAUUUGUGCGAAGAGAACACACAAGGUGGUGGUGCUUCAGUUGAAUGAUAAUAUGUGUGCUUGUACAUUUAAAUGGUGCACUUUGGGACAAUUGCCCCACAUGAUUUUUUCCCAUGUUCAUAUUUUUGUAAGUCCUUGCAUUUUUCAUUCUUUUUGAUAGGAAUAAUUAUUAAAUUUGUAUGUUUAGUUAAAGAAAGAAGUUGAUAAGUAUUUGUUAGGAGAAGGCUGUUAAUUAAAGCCACAGGAAUUUCAGGUAGAGGCAUAAUAUUGAAUAGCCUCUCCAUGAAAUCUCUGCAUAUUGUAUUUAUUCUUAUUUUUAUAAUGCCAAGGGAAUAUGAUGUUUUUAGCA